UCAAUUGAACGGUUCACAACAACAGCUCAAAGUUUCACUCUCGACACGUCAAAAGGUCAGACAUGUAGAACUCGUGGAGCGUGACCCCUGCGCGCGUGAUUCACGUGCCCUGGGUAUCGUCGCGUGACCUUUGAGACCCCGUAGCCCAGCGAGCUAACUCUCCGCGGAACGUAAACAACCAGCUGGUGUGAAGUUCCGCUCAGGCGGCUCAAGAACGGCUCUCUGCCCGCUGACACUUCACUUGGUUACCCGGAAGGAAUGACACCCAUCCAGAGCCGUGGCUCGGUCACGAAGAGAGCACCAAGAUGUAAAAGCUGUCAGUAAUCGCGUACCAACGACAACAGACCUUGUUUGACGCGAACGCCGAGCUCCCGGUUGACCAGCAGACAGGACGGUAAUCCCGAGUUUCCGUGUUGUGUGGACUACGUACGUCUGGUGGGCGGAGCCAUCGCUUUGAAUCCAACCGCCAAUCGGCGACGACAGGAAAUCGCGGUUUCUUCAAGUUGUUGUUUACUUAUCUCAAGAAACACAGCGCAUUCAUUUCAGGUUGAAUGGGGUCGAAGUCACCGAGAAAGGUGUUUUAAUAACCCCGGUUCAAUGCCUCCUCCAUACUCGACUUCAGCCGUUUGCCAGAGUCGCCCCUCAUCACUGCUGUCCUCACGCGCCGGUUAAAUACCAAGGUAACGCUGCUGCUUUGUUAAAGUGGGUCCAAGAUGUCGAUGGUGCUGCGGUCCAGAAAGUCCCUCCACCCGAUUCGGGCCGACGAGGUGGAGUCCCUGACUCCGGUAACGCGGAGAGUGUCGACCCGCCCGCAAGGGGUAUUUACGUACGAGGAAUCGGACGAUUCGGACUCUCAGUCCGUCCGCAGCGAAGUGAUGGAGCCGCGUCCAAGUGUCCCCGCCGGGCUGGAGGAGGACACCGCGGAGGAGGCUGGCGGAACGGAGCUGAAGUAUUGCAGUGUUGUACUGGACCGCCUGCAGGUUGACGACAGGGCUGAAAGGAAAGAGCUCGAGGAGAAAGAAGACAUGAACCGCAAAGGUGGGAAACCCGUCUCCCGAAUCCCCACUUUCCACAAACGGCCCACCAGUGCAAGCCAGACCCCGGAGCCGGUCGCUCCCAAGAAAGAUGCCCCAGUCCCUGGAGCUCAGCCUCCGGGCACAGCCGCAAGUGGGAGCGCGGAGGCCUCGAGGUCCAAGCCACCCGACGUCAGAGAAACGGCACUCCCCUUCACAGCGGUCCACGACACCAAUGUCGGCCUGGAAGCCCCCUCUCUGUUCAGCAGUGCAGAACUAGCAAUGACGUCGGCCCGUACCCCUCUGACUACUGCGCCCAAGACCUGGGGUUUGUCCGAGCCUGCGCAGUACUCUUCAAUGACUGCGAGCCCCAGGCCAGCCAUCAGACCAGAGUACGAGUCAGAGCAGCACGUACCAGUGCGAGACCAGAGCAAAGCGUUCCAAACAGAGGCUGACGCCGUGCACGACCCCCCUGAAGAGGAGUAUGGUGUCAUGGUUAGAAGCAGCAUCACUCUCAAUGCCGCUGGAGAUAAGAAAAUGUCCGAGGCUGAGGACGUCCUUCACACAACCGAGGUCUGCCAAGAAGAGGCCAUUCUGGAUGAGCAGCCGCCGUGGGAGACGGAGCCCACGCACACGGAGCCCACGCACACGCAUGAAUUUAAGGACAGUCGAUCCUCGUCGGACGUCGAAUCUGAGGAGGAGUUUGCUGACGAGAAGGGCGAGGGCCACAAGUCCGUGGAGGAGUUUGCUGACGAGAAGUGCGAGGGCCAUGAGUCCGUGGAGGAGUUUGCUGAAGAGAAGUGUGAGGGCCACGAGUCCGUGGAGGAGCGCCACGAACCGCUCACAAUAAGCUCGCCUGGGGUCUUAGGUCUGGAGGGAAGAGCCGACGUCGCUGACUCCACCUCUCCUGUAGCGCCAGCGAGGUCAAUUAAGAGUUCUGGGUGCUCCAGUUUCGCCCUCUUCUGCGUCCUUCCCACCGCCUUGUUGCUUCUCGGGGGGCUCAGCCAGCACGUUUGGCACUACGGCCUUCCCCUGUCGGUGGCUCAGCUGACAGCUCAGCUGGAGCUGCAUUGGCUGGAGGGCUUUAUCCCAGAGCCUUGUAGCAGCGACUGUCGGGUGCAGCUGGUGGAGAGCAUCCCCGUGGGUCUCUACCAGUCUCCUCCCUCCAGACAGAGCAUCGCAGACAGCUGGCUACGUCUGCUGGACAAGGCCAACAGCUCGGUGCAAAUCGCCGCCUUCUACUUCACCCUGCGAGGCGGCAAGUUCGCGGACUCCUCCGACUCUCAGGGAAGACUGGUCUUUGAGCAACUUAAAGGGCUCAAAUCCAAAGGUGUGAAACUCCAGAUUGCCGUGAACGCCCCCCAGACCUCAAGUGAAGACACGGCAGAACUGGCUGCAGCAGGUGCUGAAGUCCGAGAGGUCGACCUCCAGGCUGUGACUGGAGGCAUCGUCCACACCAAGCUGUGGGUGGUGGAUCAGAAGCACUUCUACCUGGGCAGCGCCAACAUGGACUGGCGCUCUCUCAGUCAGGUGAAGGAGGUCGGCCUGUCAGUUGAGGACUGCAGCUGCCUGGCCCAGGACGCCGCUCGGAUCUUCGGGCUGUACUGGAGCAUCGGCGGUGCCAGCAAAGGCUCCCUGCCGCCGUACUGGCCCGCUCGUCUCUCUGCCCUGUCCAGCUCCCAGAACCCCCUGCGGCUGAAGCUCAACGGAGUGCCUGCUCAAGUCUACCUGUCUAGUGCCCCUCCGCAGAUCUCAGCGCGCGGCCGCUCCGACGAUCUCUCCACCAUCCUGUCCGUCAUCGGCGAUGCCCGGAGUUUCAUUCACAUCUCCGUCAUGGACUACCUCCCUCUGUCUCAGUACACGGAGCCGCUCAGGUUCUGGCCGGCCAUCGACUCGGCCCUGCGCGCGGCCGCCUGCACCAGAGGCGUACAGGUCCGACUCCUGGUCAGCUGCUGGAAGCACUCCCCCGCCGCCAUGUUCCCCUUCCUGCAGUCCCUGCUGGUGCUCGGCAGCCCUCAGCUGAAAUGUGACAUCAACGUGAAAAUGUUUACAGUGGCCUCAACGGCAGAGCAGAUGAAGAUCCCCUUCGCACGAGUCAAUCAUGCCAAGUACAUGGUCACAGACAGAGUGGUCUACAUAGGGACGUCCAACUGGUCCGAGAACUACUUCACCCAGACGGCCGGAGUGGGCUUGGUGGUGAACCAGACCGGCUCUGUGGUUGAAAGGGGCCAGGAGACCCUGCAGAGCCAAGCAGAGGAGCUCUUCCUCCGAGACUGGAUGUCCCAGUACGCCAGCAGGCUCUCUCUGGACGACAUGGACGUCUGCCCCCGCGGCCCGCACUGAGGGGUCGUUGCGCAGUGAAGAUCGCUGCAUCCUGCCACUUGAACUUUAUUCGGCUUCUGCAGAAUCCGCUUCCUGUGCCGUGUGAAUAAACACACUUUAUUUGUAUUGCC